AUGAGGAAAAGUGUUAUGGGGUCAAUUGGACGGCGUAUGACAGCUUGCAGCUGUAGAAAUAUGAUUUCAUUUUUUACAUCUGCGAGAUCGUUUUCCUGGCACGAGAAACGUCCAUUAAACGUGUUGUUUUUUGGUUCUGAUCAAUUUAGUAUCCAUUCGCUUCGAAAACUCUGUGAACUGAGGAUUGAGCCAGAUCCGGUGGUCAAGCAGUUACAAGUGGUAACGCGGAGUACGAAAAAUUGUGGUCGUGACCUUUCAGUGACUCGUGAACCUCCCAUAGUACCCGCGUGCGAAGAAUUGGGACUCAAACCUGCUUUGCGGUGCGAAUCCGCCGAUGACAUGUUAGGAUUCGUACGGGACGUUGCCAUUGCUGGUGGCUUCAACAUGAUAAUUGCUGUCUCUUUUGGCAAGCUAAUCCCCGCUGGACUGCUGGAAAAUUUGCCGUACUCACUGAACGUACAUCCGUCACUGUUGCCUCGCUACAGGGGCUCGUCUCCCAUUCAGCAGACACUCCUGAAUCGUGAUCCAGAGACGGGAGUCUCUGUACAAACGUUGCAUCCGUCCAGAUUCGAUCAGGGCGCUCUCGUUGCACAAUCGAAACCGCUGUCGACCGAGACGCUCGUCGCAAAGGGCAAAACAAGCACGUUUGAUACCCCGGUUCCACCAAAAGUCGCAGCCCUAAUGGAUCAGCUUGGGGUUGUAGGUGCUGAGCUUUUGAGCGAUGUGCUACGCGAGGGACUUUACCGACAGACGACAGACAUUUUGUCACGCCCGCAAUACGCAGAAAGUUACGCGCGUAGGAUCAAGACUACAGAUAAGCGUAUAAAUUGGGCCACAGACCAUGUGGAUACCGUCAUGGCCAAGCGAGAUGCGUUGGGAGCACUGUACGCGUUCGUAAGUGCAAGAGGGAAGCAUCUUUUACCGGAACAGAAACGAGUCAUAUUCCAUUCGUUAGACCGGUACCGCGGCGAGUGCGAUCUGCCAAACCUGUCCGGUGCUUUCGACUACGAUCCCGCACUGGAGUGCCUGGUUAUACGACUUGGCGACGGAACGAAGUUCAGUUGCGACUUAAUCCAACUACAAGGUUUCAAACCCGAGCCCGCAGCACAGUUUAUGAAAAGCUUACGCAAGAGAUGUCGACGUCAAACUAGCGACGUGGCGGUAUUCUCAUAA